ACCCUCUGAUGGGAGGAGUGAACAACCCAAACUACUUCUCCGAGGAAAGUAUAAAAGCCAUCUGGUUGGGAUAUCGGCAUUAACAGCAUCUCCUCUCCUCCCAGAUCUGAUACUUUCUGGUAACUACUGUUGCUCCCAAUCCCUCAGCGAGAUGAAAACCGACCUGGAGAAGGCUUUGGACUGUAUGGUCAACAUAUUCCACCAGUACUGUAUUCUGAACCCUAUCGAUGACUACCUGCAGAUGAAGGAAUUCGAGAAGUUAUUGAAGGAGCAGGCCCAACCGUUCUUGAAGAACACCUUGCCGCCCAAUGUCACUGAGAAUGCUUACAUCAAACAGUUGUUCCAGAAAGCAGACAAGAACAAGGAUGGAAAACUCAAAUUCACAGAAUUCAUGGUUGUGGUGGGGGCUGCCCUUAUAGAGGCUCACAAAAGAUCCCAUGACCUGAGCGAGGGACAUGGCCAUGGCCACGGCCACAGCCACAGCCCUGAUGGUGGCCAUGGCCACGGCCACAGCCACAGCUCUGAUGAUGGCCAUGGACACGGACCUGGGCAUGGGCACUAAGUCUCCCUUUGGUCAUGGUUCCUAUCAAAUCCAGGCAUUGCAGUAUCAGUCGCAUACCAACAAAAAAAAAUUAAAUCAUACUGUCAAUGGUGUUUCAAAGGCAGUGAAUUUAACUGACUGCUUUACUCAUGCAUAAAGCAAUAAAAUACUUCCCUGAAAGAA